CAUCAACAGUUGAAUCUCACCAGGUGGUUCUCAUAUCUGGUGAGACUGGAUGUGGAAAGACAACACAGGUCCCCCAGUUUCUCAUGGAUUAUAUGUGGGGUAAGGGAGAGGCAUGUAAGAUAGUCUGUACUCAACCUCGGCGAAUAUCUGCUACAUCAGUUUCUGAGCGGAUCUCCCAUGAAAGAGGAGAAAAUGUUGGAACUGAUGUUGGAUACAAGAUUCGAUUGGAAAGUAAAGGUGGGAGGCACUCGUCAAUUGUACUCUGCACAAAUGGUAUCCUUUUAAGAGUGUUGAUUUCUGAAGGUUUGGGCAAAUUAACUACGGAAGCUCCAGAAAAAAGUAGGAAAAAUGUUGUGUCUGACUUAACUCACAUUAUUGUGGAUGAGGUUCAUGAAAGGGAUCGCUAUUCUGACUUCAUUUUAGCAAUUUUGAGGGACUUGCUUCCAUCAUAUCCUCAGUUACGGCUGAUAAUAAUGAGUGCUACUAUUGAUGCUGGACGGUUUUCACAAUAUUUUGGUGGCUGUCCAAUGAUCAAUGUUCCUGGAUUCACCUUUCCUGUAAAAAAUUUAUAUCUGGAGGAUAUACUUUCUGUAGUGAAAUCUUCGGAAGAGAACCACCUUGAUGAAAAUAUGGUGGGUGCUUCAGAUGAGGACCCUGAGCUAACCGAAGAAGACAAGUUCGCUUUUGAUGAAGCAAUUCACUUGGCUUGGUUGAACGAAGAAUUUGACGCCCUUCUAGAAUUGGUGGAGGAUGGAUCCUCUCAACUCCUCAAUUAUCAGCAUUCCGUGACUGGACUAACACCUCUAAUGGUGUUUGCUGGAAAGGGUAGAGUUUCCAAUGUUUGUAUGCUGCUAUCUUUUGGUGCCAUGUGUGAAUUACGGGCCAAGGACGGUAUGACUGCAUUGGAGUUAGCUAAACUAGGAGAUCAGAAAGAAACCGCUGAAGCAAUCAGAAAACAUUUGGAAAGUUCCACGUCUAUCUCCAAGGAAGAACAACGGUUGAUUGGUAAAUAUCUUGCAAAAAAUUCUAAUUCUGUUGAUGUUUCUCUUAUAGAGCAGUUGAUAGGGAAAAUAUGUCUUGAUUCGAAAGAAGGAGCUAUCCUUGUUUUCCUUCCUGGGUGGGAUGAUAUCAGCAAGACUCGAGAAAGGCUGUCUAUCAAUCCUCUUUUCAAAGAUGCAUCAAAAUUUUUGAUAAUAUGUCUUCAUUCAAUGGUUCCCUCUAAAGAGCAAAAGAAGGUUUUCAGACGUCCACCUCCUGGCUGCCGCAAAAUUAUUCUCUCUACUAAUAUUGCUGAAACGGCCAUUACCAUUGAUGAUGUGGUUUAUGUUAUAGACAGUGGAUGGAUGAAAGAAAAAAGUUAUGAUCCUUACAGUAAUGUUUCCACUUUUCAAUCUUCUUGGAUCUCAAAGGCUAGUGCCAAGCAGCGAGAGGGUCGUGCAGGUCGCUGUCAGCCUGGGAUAUGCUAUCAUCUUUAUUCGAAAUUUCGUGCAUCUUCUCUUCCUGAUUUCCAAGUUCCUGAAAUUAAGAGAAUGCCAAUAGAGGAGCUUUGUCUGCAGGUGAAAUUGCUUGAUCCAAAUUGUAGGAUAGAGGUUUUCUUGCAGAAGACUUUGGACCCUCCAGUUUUUGAUACCAUCCGUAAUGCAAUCUUACUCCUUCAGGAAAUUGGGGCUUUGUCACUUGAUGAGAAACUGACUGAGCUUGGGGAGAAAUUAGGUUCAUUGCCUGUUCAUCCAGUAACAAGCAAGAUGCUUAUCUUUGCCAUACUGAUGAACUGCCUUGACCCUGCUCUAACUCUGGCAUGUGCUUCUGACUACAGGGACCCCUUCACUCUUCCCAUGUCACCGAGUGAAAGAAAGAAAGCCGCUGCUGCUAAAGCGGAGCUUGCUUCUUUGUAUGGUGGGCAUAGUGAUCAAUUGGCUAUUGUAGCUGCAUUUGAUUGCUGGAAGAAUGCUAAAGAAAGGGGUCAAGAGGCCCGUUUCUGUUCUAAUUACUAUGUCUCUCCAAGCACUAUGUCUAUGCUGUGUGGCAUGCGGAGACAACUCGAAAUGGAACUAGUUAAAAAUGGUUUUAUACCUGAGGGUGUGAAAACUUGCAGCUUAAAUGCUUGUGACCCUGGCAUUCUCCAUGCUGUCCUUGUGGCUGGGUUAUAUCCAAUGGUGGGAAGAUUACUUCCACCCCAGAAAAAGGGAAAACGGGCUGUUGUAGAAAUCAGUUCAGGGGGCAGAGUUCUUUUGCACCCAGGGUCCCUUAACUUUGAGCUGUCACUCCGUCAAACGGAUAGUAGACCUCUGAUUGUUUAUGAUGAGAUAACUCGCGGGGACGGCGGUACACACAUAAGAAACUGUACUGUUGUUGGGCCUCUCCCAUUAUUAAUGGUUGCAAAGGAGAUUGCUGUUGCCCCUGUUAAGGAGAAUGAUAACGGUAAAGACAAUAUUAAAAAUGAUGAUGAUGGAAAUGGUGGAGCUGAAGAUAAAAUGGAUGUAGAUAAUAAAUCAAAUGAACAACCAGAAGAAAUGAUUAUGUCCUCCCCUGAUAAUUCAGUAACUGUGGUUGUUGACCGUUGGUUGUAUUUUUGGUCAAAGGCACUUGAUAUUGCUCAGUUAUACUGCUUGAGAGAGCGAUUAUCUGCAGCAAUCUUAUUCAAAGUAAAACAUCCUAAUAAAGUUCUUCCUCCUGUUCUUGGGGCCUCUAUGCAUGCCUUGGCUUGCAUUCUAUCUUAUGAUGGCUUAACUGGUAUUCCAUUAGAAUCAGUAGAAAUGUUGACGUCGAUGGUAAAUGCAACUGAGAUCAGCAAUUUUGUACCUGGGAGGUCUGUAGGAACGCACAAGACAGUAAGUUGGUUUCUUAGAUCACUUUCGAGUUAUACUGAUUUUACUGUUCCUGAAGUGAAUGGAGCACUUUUGAAUGAUCCGUUAAGUCAGAAUUUUUUACCACUGCCUGAUUCUAGAACAGCAAACCCGAGUGGCCCAUUGAGCCCUAAUUUUAGGGCUUCACCUAAUUCAGUCUAUGCAAGGUCAGCACUGCAGCCCCAUAGAAAGCAGAAGCAGCCUCCCCAUCCCCAUAGAGAGCAGAAGCAGCCUCCGCAGGCAGUCAAACCCUCUCAACACCAAAAUGCCACCCAACAGAAGCAGCCUCCCCAGCCAGUCAAACCCUCUCAUGACCAAAAUGCCACCCACCAGCAGCAGCAGCAGCAGCACGCUCAAGAGCGCACUCCACGUAAACAGAGAAAGUCCCACAAGAAGAAGCCCCCAUCAGGAGACCUCAGUUUAAAUGGGUAUGGAUUAAGCAUGUAUGGACCAUACGGUCCUCGGGGCGUUUCUUUAAAGCGGCCACGCAGUAACGGGGUGGGAUAACAUCUAAUAACUAAGUAAACAGUUAAUCUUUCUUCAGGGGACUGAACUCAGUGGAUGUAUAGAAAUAGCUUCAGAUGGGCAUGCUAUGGUGAAUGUGGGCUUUUCUGUAGUCUGUACAAUGAUCAGUGGCAACAAUGAAGCUCAGUUAUGACUUAUGAGAUGUCUGGACACUGUUUUGGGAAUGGAACUCUGCUGAAAUUACCUCUGCUGCUUGUGUAGAUCAAACAAGCAACAUCCAAAUCCAUCCAUAAUAGUUUAGCUUUCAGGUACAGUUGUAAGCAUUUUAGACGAUGAGGUUCGGUUUUCACCGUGCUGUGGAUUCCACACAAAUACAGGCCCUUUCAGGUAUGUUCUAGGCCUCCGCACUUUUAUGAUAGAACAGAUGUGUUAUUAUGGUAUUAUGAAUGAAAGGAUAUGGUUCCCUUCAAUACAUGUUUCAAUUGUUUUUCUGUAUUCGAAUCCCAUUUAAUAACUAGCCAUGUUAUGGGAAUA